AUGUCGUGCUACAGCAGGCGCGGGCAUUUUCUCUCUCCGUUUACGAUUGGUGCGGCACAAGGCCAUAAAUCUUUAUUUGAUUUAUCUACAUUAAUAUCUAUCUAUCUAUUCAUAUCUAUCUCAUUCCCUUCAUAUCUAUCUAUCUAUCUAUCUAUCUAUCUAUCUAUCUAUCUUAGUCUAUACAUAUCUAUGAUAUUCUUUCUUUUGGCUUGCUUCUUUUCCACUUUUCCCCUUUCUUUUCUUUCCUUUUUCUUAUCAUUUUUUUUUAUUUCUUUCUUCUUUAGAUUUUUUUCGAAUCUUCUUCAUUCUCUUCUUCGCCCUACAUUUUGUAUUAGUUUUCUUUCUUUGUUUCUCUUUAUAUUUUUUCUUCAUUUAACGCAACUGCAAGUAACUUCUUCUUCUUCCGUCCUGCAACUCUUCUCGCCAAGGUCCGAACUCUUCUCUCUGCCGUCUGAGGUGAACUCUUCUCUCUGCCUUCCGGGGCUGAACUCAUUUGCUUGUUUGGCCUGCAACUUUUACUGCCUGUCUGGCCUGCAACUCUUCUGCCUGUCUGGCCUGCAAUCCUUCGGCCUCUCUUCUUCUUAUCUGGCCUGCAAUUCUUCUGCUUGUCUGGCCUGCAGCUCUUCUGCCUAUCUGGCCUGCAAUUCUUCUGCCUGUCUGGCCUGCAGCUCUUCUGCUUGUCUGGCCUGCAAUUCUGCUCCAACUUCUCUGCGGCUUUCGAGCAAUUUUCUUCUCUUCGACUUUGCUGCAACUUCUCUGCCUAUUUCUUCUUCUUCUUCUUCUUCUUCUUGCCUUUUGUCUUUUUCAUUACUUUCCUUUUCUUUCAGUAUUGUUUUCUCGCUGUUAUUUCUCAUCUUUUUCUUUUUACACUCCUUUUUCUUUUUUUCCUUUUGUCUCUGUUAUUUAAUUUUACAUUUACUUCCUGAUGUUUCCCUCUUCUUUCUUUCUUUCUUUCUUUCUUUCUUUCUUUCUUUCUAUAUUCCUUUCUUUAUUCCUUUCUUUCUUUCUUUCUUCGUUUUUACCUUCCACCUGUUCUUUCGUUCGAUUUUUCUUCUUCUUCUUCUUCUUCUUCUUCUUCUUCUUCUUCUUCUUCUUCUUCUUCUUUCACAGCUUCUUUCAGUUUGUUUUAUUCUUCAUUUCUUUCUUUUUUCUUUCUUUUUUUCUUCAUUUUUACCUUCCACAUUUUCGCUCACCCUUUCUUCUUCUUCAUCUUCUUCUUCUUUCAUUCAUUCAUUGAUUCAUUUUAUUUUUCCACUUUAUCUAUCUUUCUUUUUUCAUUCCUUCUUUUUUUUUCUUUUAUUUCGUUUUCUUUUUUACACAUUAUGUCUGCUUCCCCUCCAUUUUCUACUUCUUCUGUCUUUAUUUUUUGUCUCCCUCUUCUCCGUUCCCCUCCUACUUCCUUCUUCUUCUUCUUCUUCUUCUUCUUCUUCUUCUUCUUCUUCUUCUUCUUCUUCUUCUUCUCACAUCUUUAACUCGUUUCCUUUCUUUUCUUUCUUAAAACUGCCUCUCCUCCAUUCUCUUUCUUUCACCUCUUCAUUUCCUCAUUAA